AAUGGAAAAGUAACAAAAAGUAGAUAAUUGGGUUUGAUGCAGUGAGCUAAAGAACAAAAGCAAAGAAAAAGAAAAGUAGUUUGUCUUAUCAAUGGCUUGGUGUGUGGUAUUAGAUUGAAGAGAACCCUUGUUUCAUCUAUUUCCGUAAGGACCUGAACCAUUCUUUCUAGCUAAGAGGAUCCUCAGAAUCCAAGCAUUUCAGAACAUAAUAGUCAGACGGCAAAGGCUCCGUAAGGAAAUCCUGUAUUUUUCCCUAUCCUCCUUCGCUCCAUAAGAUCAAAAUGGUUCCACAAUGUAAUAAACUGUAACGACCAGAUCUUGCUAUUGACUCCGGCGAUCACAUACAAAAGGAUCGAGUUAUGUACGAUGAUGAAGCGUCGUGGAAACUAAAGAACGAAGCGUCGCCGGCAGAUAAUUCCGGUAAAAUCUUGAUAAUGUUUAACACGUGUAUGUGAUGUGUCAAGUUGUUGUAAUAUUGGGCUUGUAUAAUGUUUCCUUCAUGGGCUUUAAUACAAAACUUGGUUGACAAAAAAAAAAGAGAGGAUAAUUUGCGAGAGGAAACCUUAACAAAAAUUAGGGUUUCAAAUCUCUUAUUUUCUCCACGCUCCAAAAGUUAGGUUACUCCUUUAGAUCUCAAACGACUGGGAGAUGAAAGCUGCGAGAUUGGGAAGUGAAGAGGUUAUGUAUCCAGAUAGGAUCAGUAACCUACCUAACGAUUUGCUCUUACGAAUCCUCUCACUGGCUCCGGUAAGAACUGCAAUGUCCACAAGCUUAUUGUCUAAACGAUGGAAGUAUGUGUGGAAGAUGAUGCCAACGCUCGUGUAUGACGAAACAUGUCCUUACAUUGGUCCCCUUGGAUUUGACCUAUUUUGUGGUGUGUCCUUGCCUUUACAUGAAGCUCUCAAAACACUAAAUCUCAAACUUGGGAAGUACACUGAUUCCAUAGAUAUUCUUUUAUUCCCAAACAUCCGUUCAAAUCUCCUAAAGAUGACAAUCAAUUUGAAUUAUUUUUAUAGUUAUUACACUCCUAUCACAUUCCCAAAUAACAUCAAUGUCUUCGAAACACUCCUUGUCUUGAAACUUAAAGGUAGGAUUGUCCUGGACGUUGUUGAUUCUCCUGUUUGUUUCCCUUCCCUGAAAAUUUUGCACCUCAUUUGUGUGAAUUUCCAAUGCGAAGAAUCUUUCACAAGACUUUUAUUGGCUUGUCCUGUUCUUGAAGAUCUCUUCCUCCAAAGGCUUUCCAGUCGUGGCCGUUUUUUGUUCAGCAUGUCAGUCCCUUCUCUACAGAGAUUAUCCAUUACUAAAGAAUGUGCCACUUAUGGUUCCGAUGAACCAAGACUUGAGAUAAGCACUCCUUGUUUGAAAUACUUAAAGAUCUUUGAUCGCAGAGGUUAUUAUAACUUUCUUGAGGAUAUGCCUAAAUUAGUGGAGGCAGAUGUAUCAGUUGAUAUGUCCAAAAAUGAAAAGCUUCUAAGAGUUCUUUCUUCAGUUGAGCAUCUUGUGAUAUGUUUAUAUCCUUCAAUGGUUCUUGAUCUUACGGAUAGUUUAAUCUUCAACCGGCUUCUUCAUCUUGAACUAAAUGUUUGCAACAGUUUUCGCUCUAAUCUACUUCUGAGUUUGCUGAAAUAUUUUCCUAAUUUACAAUCUCUCAAUCUUGGCCGCACAUAUCCUGAAGAUACCGAGGAUCAACUGUACUGUUUAGGCUGGGAACCGAGCUCUGUUCCUAAAUGCUUGAGCUUCCAUCUCGAGAGUAUUCAGUGGAGAGGGUAUGCAGGAACACUAGAUGAGAGAGAAGCCGCAGCCUACAUUCUGAAAAACGCUCAUCGUUUAAAGACCUCUACGAUCAGAUUACAUACAACGUGCAUGGAUAAUGGUCAGAUUAUAAUGAAGGAUUUGACAUCUAUGUCCAAAGCUUCGGCCUCAUGUCAGCUUGUAAUCGAAUAAUAUAAAUUUAUUUCCGGGAAUUACAUUUUGAAUUUUAAAAUUGACUUUUCA